AUGGAGAAGGUGACAGAUAUCCAAGAUGUUGAUGUUGAAGAUGGAGAAGUAGAAGACUCUCCCUACGAUGAGGUUAGAGCCAUUGUGCCCCCGGUCGAUGACCCGGACCUCCCGGUGAACACCUUUCGAGCUUGGUUUCUGGGCAUUGUCUCGACUAUUGUUUUCUCGGGAGUCCUGCAAUUCUUCCAGCUCCACUCGCCUCCUAUCUUCCUUGCCUCGUAUCUUGUCAUCAUCAUCACCCUGCCCAUAGGGAAAUUCAUGGCGCGUGUUCUGCCGGCAACGACUAUCAGCGUCUUGGGAUGGAGUUUUAGCCUCAACCCUGGUCCCUUUAACCACAAAGAGCACACCAUCACGGCUAUUAUGACAACACUGGUAUCGGCUUUUGACAACGGCUCCCUGGCAUCAGAUGUCUAUGUGGCUUUUGACAAAUUCCUGGGCAUUCCCGUUUCUCCUGGGUUUCGCUUCAUGUUUUUGCUCACCACACAAGCCCUGAGCUUUGGCUUCGUUGGCAUGUUCCACCGCUUCUUGGUACGCCCGGCUAUUUGCAUCUGGCCUGGGGCGUUGCCAACAUGUUCGAUGAUUUACGCCUUCCACGACCCUUCGUUUCAUAACCAGGUUGCCAAUGGAUGGAAGAUGCACCGAAUGAAGUUUUUCUGGCUGACCAUGACUAUUGCUGGAACCUGGCAAGUCGUGCCGAGUUUCUUAUUCACAUCCCUGACCACAUUUGCCUGGAUAACCUGGAUCAGACCUAAGAACGUUACGCUGAACCAAGUAUUUGGCGCAACAACGGGCAUGGAUUUGCUCCCUCUUACCCUCGACUGGAACCAGAUUUCAGGAUAUCUCUCGUCGCCUUUGGUCGUCCCUUCUUGGGCCAUUCUCAACAUCCUGGGCGGAAGCAUCUUUUUCCUUUGGAUCAUUUCCCCAGCAUUGCACUGGACCAACGUGUGGUACGGCCGAUACUUUCCAUUCUCAUCUUCCCGCACCUUCGACAACACUGGUGCCGCGUACAACGUCAGUCGAGUCAUGAACCCAGAUUUCAGCAUCAACAACGAGGCUUACGCCGAGUACUCUCCCGUCUUCCUUUCUACAACCUCAGUCUUGUCCUACGGUCUCGGAUUCGCUUCGGUUACUUCCAUCCUUGUUCAUACGUAUCUCCAUCAUCGGAAACUGCUCUGGAAUAGCUUCAAGACUGCAUUCAAGGGCAAGGAUGAUGAAGCUGAAGAUAUCCAUGGUCGAUUGAUGCAUGCGUACAAGGCUGUUCCCGAAUGGUGGUAUGGCAUCGUAUUCGCUGCCCUCUUGGGCAUCAGCAUGGCAUUCAUCUACAUCUACGAUACAGAGCUACCGUGGUGGGGAUUGAUCAUUAGUGUGCUUCUCAAUGUGGUGCUUCUGAUUCCCAUUGGUUUAAUGAAGGCUACAUGCAACGUCACAGUCAAUACUGGAGUCUUGGCGGCACUAAUCGGUGGACUUAUUUGGCCAGGCAAGAUGGUCAACAACGUUGUCUUCAAGGUCUUUACCCUUGUCUGCACGUUCCAAGGCCUUGGGUACAUCCAGUCCAUGAAGACGGGCCAUUACAUGAAAAUCCCGCCACGAAUCACCUUUACUGCCCAGUGCUUGAGCAUCCUCAUUUCCUGGGUGGUGCAGACAGGCGUAAACCUUUGGGCGAUGGGCAAUGUGAAGGGAAUUUGCACCGGCGAUGCAGUCAACAACUUUUAUUGUCCACUUGCCAGCGGAUAUGCAGCGAAUGCUGUGUUCUGGGGCCUUAUCGGACCGACAAAACUCUUCGUAUCUGGUUCCAUGUACGCCAGUAUGCUGUGGUUCUUCUUGAUUGGCGCCGUUCUCCCAGUUUUGGUAUAUUUCGCCGCAAAGAAAUUCCCCCAAAACAAGAUCCUUGGCAAGAUCCACACGCCUGUGAUAUUUGCAUCGACAUCAUCCAUCCCACCAGCCACUGCAGCGAAUUACAUAUCCUGGGGCCUCGUUGGCCUCGCUUUUAACAUGUUUAUCAAGCGUCGCUACCGUGCCUGGUGGUCGAAAUACAACUACUUGCUUUCCGCCGCAUUGGAUACCGGACUGGCAAUCACGACUUUCCUCGUCUUCUUCUGUCUGACAUAUCCCGGUGUGUCCCUGAGUUGGUGGGGAAAUAGGAUCGCGGACGAGACGGCUGACGGGAUGGGCCUGCCACUUGAUACUGUGGCUCCAGGAGACACCUUUGGGCCAGAUACAUGGCAUUAA